AUGCAGACAAGGGCUGAGAAUGAGACAGCUGGAUAUGUGGUGAUAUGCCGUUUUAUCAAGUCAAAAUUUGCCUGGAGAGCUGUGAUUUCUCGUUCUCCUGCUGCUGAAAACUUGUGGUUGGGGACUCGACCCAUAGAACAUCAGAAUGAUUCGCAGAUUAAGACUUCAAAGCCGAACCGCGACGUGGGGUUUAGGGAAACAAUUCAGCAUGCUAGGAUGAUGUUCGGAUCGCUUUAUGUGAACCGUCGCUACUGGUCUGGAAUCCCCCGUACAUUUACCGACUCAUAUACCAUCGCAAUCGCGUGCCCACUGGAAAUCAAGAAACUCGGAGGAAAUUAUGAGGAUGCAGUCUGCCAGCUAGCUAUAUGGUAUGCUGCUGCGCUAGAAAAGAUCCGAAGCACACGAGCAAACAGGCAGGGUACGAAUGGACACGUCGCUUGGAAAGUAGUAGGUGGGCCUAUUUGUGAUUCAUAUGCUCAGAAGCUAAUGAGAGUCAAGACGGUCUUUGGUCCGUAG